AUGGUAUGGGUUCCCUCAUCACUCCUCGAGUGGUAUAAGGGCGUUCUGGAAUUGGCCCGCAUCUUGCUUUUGAUCAUGAAGAUCGCAUUCUCUAACGCUUACAGGGCUAUAACAUCGAUUGCUAUCACGGUACCUGCGACUUGGUAUCUCCUGCAACCUCAAUUGAAGAAGAAAAGCCAUGGCGGUGGGCACGGGCACGAGUCACAUUCCGAAAGCGAAGAACAUGGUGAAAGCGACGCUGACAAAGCCGAUGACCCUCAGCCAGAGCCGAAAGAGCAGGAGCAAGAGCAGGAGCAGGAGCAAGGGCAGGAUAAUGGAGGACAGACCAACGAAAGCGGCGAGCCGUCCGACUCCAGCAGUGAAGAUCAAAGUGAUGGCGAACAAGACACCCCUGAUUCUUCCGAUGACGAAAGUGCGAAGGACGAAGCUCAUGAGAAGGAAGGCGGCGCUAAUGUAGAAGGGGUCCAAUUCAAGGGUGCGACCAAUGCAAGUGGAGGCAAGGAGCAAGACGACACGAGAAAGCACAUUCCGGAUGCCAAAGGCGGGGCCAAGAAAAGGAUAGAAAGCGCCUACGGUAAUAAGCAGGGCGAAGCGACAAAAGACGAGCAACAUCCAGACAACGAGGAUAUGGAAGCGGCGUCGAAACCAGCUGGUGGGGAAAAUACACAGUCUGGCAAGCAGGAAGGCCUUUCGAAUACUGACACCAAACAUUCAACGAACGUCGGGACUGACCCGGACAAAUCCUCGAAAGCGGACGGAACGCCAGAGACAGCGAAACUGAAGGGCACUGUCGACCCUUCAAGACCGAUGGUACAGUAUACAAUCUCCUCUUUGCAUGGUAAUCGAGGCUUACACAUUUUAUAG